UGCUACGAGAUGGAACGCUACUUAAAAGAUGAACCCAAACUGCAGAGCUACAAGAAGCUGCCGACGGAACUGGACACUCCAUGGCAUGUCUUUACCGCACCCUCACCUUCUUGGAAGGUGGAAGUGGACGAGAGGACGCUCGACUCCCUAUCCCUCUCCUCCAACGGUUCAGUGUCUUCCCUGUCGUGCGCGGUGGUCGUCAAAAAGGAACCUCUGGACGAUGACGACGACUACCCCCUGGAAGAAGUGAGCCUGCCUAGGGAGGCUCUUCCAACCUUGACUCCACCCUCGUCUCCCGAGUCACUAGCCAAAGGAGCCCGGGUAGUGAGGCUCGGUUCCCGGUUGUCGGUGGGGCCCCGGCUCAGGACGGACACAUCCCCGGACUCGAGGAGGAAGAUACACAAAUGUCAAUACCCAGGCUGUGAAAAGGUCUACACCAAGAGUUCCCACCUUAAGGCCCACCAGCGGACCCACACAGGAGAGAAGCCGUACAAGUGCCACUGGGAAGGAUGCGGGUGGAGCUUCGCGCGCUCGGACGAGCUUACCCGCCAUUACAGGAAGCACACGGGGGCAAAACCAUUCAAGUGCAAGCAUUGCGACCGCUGCUUUUCGAGGUCGGACCACCUCGCCCUCCACAUGAAGCGGCACACGUGAGCCACCCAGCUCAACCGACCCCAUACACUGCCACCCGAGCUCUCCUAGUCUUUCCCGUGAGACUCUUCGUUGCCAAAAUUUACCACCUAGUCUCAAAGAACAAACGAUCAUUUGU